AUUUAUUGGGGACAAUCAGCUCACUGGCUCAAUCCCCACUACAAUGGGCAUCCUUACCAAGCUGCAGCAACUAUCAUUUGCUAACAAUCAGCUCGCUGGCACAAUUCCUACUGAAAUAGGCCGCCUCACGAAGCUCCAGCACCUAUCGUUUUCUAACAAUAUGCUCAAUGGCACAAUUCCCACUGCAUUCAGCAACCUUGGAAAACUGACAGUGCU